AUGAGUGAAAAGAGCGUGGGAACCAUGCAGGGGGUUUCGGGUGAACGCCGGUUGCGGCAACUGGAAAUGUUGUUUCUUGGCGGGCCUGUGCUAGCCAAAGAACAAAGUUUUAGUAUCGAAACCCUCAUAGAUAUAUUACUUGUUCUCUAUGAUGAAUGUUGCAAUUCGAGUUUAAGAAAAGAAAAAACAGUUUCAGAUUUUAUAGAACAAGUUAAACCUGUAGCCAGCACAGUAAAAUCUUUAAGGUUAACUCGUGAAGAUUUUGAGAUAAUCAAGGUGAUAGGUAGAGGAGCUUUUGGCGAAGUGUGCGUAGUCAAAUUUAAGGGUACCGAAAAAGUUUUCGCCAUGAAAAUUCUCAAUAAAUGGGAAAUGCUCAAGAGGGCAGAAACGGCGUGUUUUAAAGAAGAACGCGAUGUUUUAGUCUAUGGUGAUAGAAGAUGGAUCACGCAUCUUCAUUAUGCGUUUCAGGACGUAUCUAAUUUAUAUUUAGUGAUGGAUUAUUACUGUGGUGGUGAUUUGUUAACUUUAUUAAGCAAAUUCGAAGAUCGUCUUCCAGAAGAAAUGGCUCGGUUCUAUAUAGUUGAAAUGGUCUUAGCCAUUGAUUCAAUACAUAAUCUCAAAUAUGUACACAGAGAUAUCAAACCUGACAAUGUUCUACUAGACGCAAAUGGUCAUAUUAGAUUAGCUGAUUUUGGUAGUUGUUUAAGAUUAAAUGAAGAUGGUACUGUACAAUCAAACGUAGCUGUCGGUACUCCUGAUUAUAUCUCACCAGAAAUUCUCAGGGCAAUGGAAGAUGGGCAGGGCAGAUAUGGACCUGAGUGUGAUUGGUGGUCGUUAGGUGUUUGUAUGUAUGAAAUGCUGUUUGGUGAAACCCCGUUUUACGCAGAAAGCUUAGUUGAAACUUACGGAAAAAUUAUGAACCAUAAAAACUGUUUUGACUUUCCAACAGAUGUGGAAGUAUCAGAUGCUGCCAAAGAUUUAAUCAAAAAAUUAAUAUGUAGCCAGGAAUUCAGAUUAGGACAAAACGGCAUUGACGAUUUCAAGGUUCAUCCUUGGUUCGAAAACGUUGACUGGGAUGGCGUUAGAGAUAGUACCGCUCCCUAUAUACCAGAAGUAUCCAGUCCGACAGAUACAUCAAAUUUUGACGUUGACGAUGCUGACAUUCGGCUUUCAGAUGUUUUACCUCCGACUGCCAAUAACGCCUUUACUGGUCUACAUCUGCCGUUUAUUGGAUUUUCGUUUACACAAGGAAGUUAUCUUUGUGAUCUCAGUAAUUUGUCGGCGUGUGCAGAAUCAGAAUUUAUGGAAAAACAAAAUCAACGAAACAAGAGUGAUAUUAUAGGGUUGGCUUUAAACCACGAAAAAGAGAUAGAGAAGAAAAUGUCGCCGGAUAGUACGAGACGGUUGCAAGACGAAAUUAAUACCCUGACUAAGAGGAACUGCGAAUUAGAAUCUCAAUUAAGAAGUCUGGAAGCGAAUAACUCUAGGGAAAUGCAUAUAGACUCGUUAGAUGGUGCUGAUAGCGGGAAACAAAAAGAACUAGAAAAACUUAUUAGGUUAUUAAAACAAGAAAAGGAUGAGAUCAUGAAAGAUCGUCAGGAUUUAAAUGAAAAAUUAAAAUUUCAAGAUAUAGAACUUAAGGAUGCCUUAGCACAGAAAAAAUUAGCCAUGACUGAAUAUGCGGAGGUUUCUGAUAAAUUAGCUGAACUCAGGCAACAAAAACAGAAACUUUCCAGACAGGUUAGAGAUAAAGAAGAAGAAUUAGAAACGGUGAUGCAAAAGGUUGACUCUCUACGAAACGACAUUAGACGCGCUGAAAAGCUACGAAGAGAACUCGAGUCUAGAGUUGAAGAGGCUCAAGCUGAAGCGACUAAAGAAAGAAAACUUAGAGAAAGGUCAGAGGAAUAUUGUAGGCAAAUGCAAGCUGAAUCUGAUCGGCUUAGGGUGAGGAGUGAACAUGGUCCUAGAGAUCAGCAAGAUUCAUUGAGACUGAAAGCGGAGUUGGAAAAAUUAGAGGUCCAAUACAAUGAAAGUUUAACACAGCAACAAGCCAGAUAUAACAUGGAAUUAUCCUCUCUAAGAGAUCAACUUCAUGAAGCAGAAACCCAUCGGGAGCUACUAGAAAGAGAAGUACAAAUGCUUAAAGAAAAAUUGGAAAAAUCUAGAUUAGAAGCAUUGGCAGACUCUGAACAAGUCAUAGCUGACUUAAAAAGCAGGCACGAUAGGGAAAAACAAAUUUUAGUCGAAGAAAACAAAAACUUGUCUUCAAAUGUAGACCUCCUUACUGAAUCGAUGAAUCGUCUGCAAUCUGAACGAAAUAAUCUGGAAACAGAAUAUGAACAGUUAAGAACCAAACAGGAAGCUUUAGGCCAAUGGGAAUCGCAGCUCUCUGAAAUCAUUCAGUGGGUUAGCGAUGAAAAAGACGCAAGAGCUUAUUUACAAGCAUUAGCUACCAAAAUGACGGAAGAGUUGGACUAUCUUAAACAUACCGGCGUUUCAAGUGUUGUCUCCGGUACUGACAAGAAUUGGAGAAAUAGACGAUCACAAAAAUUAGAUAAAAUGGAGUUGUUGAAUUUACAAAGCUCGCUGCAAAGCGAAAUUCAAGCCAAGCAAGCGAUUAGCGAAGAUUUAAGUAAAACUAGGGAAGCAUUACUUGCUGCUCAAAAGGAAUUGAGAGAAUUUAGACAACGAAACGAGGCCUUAAACUUAGAUCUAAAACGAAAAGAAAAGCAACUUAAAGAAUAUCAAAAUCGUGUCGAUUCUGAGGGAUUUUUAGAACGACCUUCCUCGCAGAUGUCCUAUUUGGAUCAGUUUUUGAAGGAAACUAAUUCAUCUUCGCAGCCGGCAAACACGUACGAUAACCUGCCGGUGCCGAAUUUGUAUAAAGGUGGGUCGAUCGAGUCCGAGGAAGGAGACAUUGAAGAUAAUAGAGCAUUAAGCAUGACAAGCUCCAAAAGCAAUUUAUCAGAACUUAGUGUGCACGAACCACAAUCUCCUUUGAAACAUAAAGCUCAUCAAUUUUUGGUAAGAACGUUUUCUAGUCCUACAAAAUGUAGUCAUUGUACCUCUCUAAUGGUGGGCCUUAUGAGACAAGGAAUGGUGUGCGAAAUAUGUGGCUUCACAUGUCAUACUUCCUGUUGUGCACAUGUUCCCGCAGUUUGCCCUGUUCCUGCAGAUCAAACUAAACGUCCUCUGGGCAUCGAUCCUACCAGAGGCAUUGGAACAGCGUACGAAGGUUAUGUCAAAGUUCCAAAGCAAGGUGGUGUUAAGAAAGGUUGGAUCCGACAAUUCGUAGUUGUUUGUGAUUUCAAACUUUUCUUGUACGACAUAUCUGCCGAUCGAAAUGCCUUACCAAGUGUUCAUGUAGCGCAAGUGUUGGAUAUGAGGGAUCCACAAUUCAGUGUGUCCAGCGUUAAAGAUUUGGAUGUGAUUCACGCGAAUAAGAAAGAUAUUCCGUGCAUUUUUAAGAUCACAACAUCCUUGAUGGAGCCACCUGGACCUAGAAAUUCAACAUUAAUGUUAGCUGAUACAGAAGCAGAGAAGAACAAGUGGGUUGUUGCAUUAGCCGAACUUCAUAGGAUAAUGAAAAGAAAUAAUCUUCCGAAUACCACAGUUCUUGUUGCUAGAGAACUUAUUGAUACGUCUCUGACGUUAUUAAGAAACGCGUUGAGUGGGGCAAUUAUUGAUCCCGACAGAAUAGUUCUAGGUACCGAGGAUGGUAUGUAUUGUAUAGAUUUGGAUCGAACAGAAGUGGCUAAAAUAGGGGAUGGGAAGAAAAUUUUCCAAUUAGAGUAUAUUAGCGAAGAACAUUUGCUCGUGGUUGUGAGCGGUAAACAAAGACAAGUGAGGUUAGUGCCUAUAAGGGCACUAGAUGGUGAUGAAGUCGAAUGGAUUAAGGUUACCGAAAGUAAGGGUUGUUCUGUUCUUACCGUCGGGCCUGUGCUACGUGCCCCACUGACGUUUUGUCUUUGCGUGUCAAUUAAAAAACAGAAUUCUUCAGUAAUUAUUAUUUAUGAAAUAACUCGUACGAAAACAAGGCACCAGAGAGUACGAGAAAUUGGUUUACCAGUCAUUGUACAGUCUCUUCAACUAUUAUCGGAUGGUCGAUUAUGUGUUGGAUCACCAUCGUCGUUUACCGUUUACAAUAUUCAAAGUGGUGAUCAACAGUUAAUAUCGUUAUUGCAUCCUGAUAAUCCUUUAUAUUCUACAAUAAUGUGUAGUGCUGUGGAAGCUAUGCGGGUCAUAGAACUACCAAGGCAUGAAUACCUUUUAGUAUUUGGAACUCUUGCAGCGUUUGUGGAUAGACACGGUCGAAGAUCGAGAGAUAGAGAAAUUAUGUAUCCUGCAGUUCCUAUAGCAAUAGGUUAUAGAGAUGGACAUUUAGUAGUUUAUAGUGAUACCCACAUAGACAUAUUUAACUGUGCGACGGGAGAAUGGGUCCAGACGCUUAAUAUUAAGAAAGCGAAACCAUUAAACGAUAGUGGCAGUCUGACUUUAUGUUUCUUGAACGAUCUAGCACACCUACUCUAUUUGUCCAAUAUUCAUCAAAGAGAACUUUUAAAUAUUGAUAACAUAGUUACUUUAGACCGAGAUGGGAGAACUAUUCAUAAAACGAGAAGAAGAUUUUCUUUACGAGAAGGCAAUAGAACCCAACGCAUGAGUACCGAUAGAAGAUCUAAGCUUAUAUCAGCUCCAACCAACUUCAACCAUAUCAGUCAUAUGGGACCAGGAGAUGGAAUCCAGCGCCAACGGUUAAUAGAUCUAACACCCACCCGUACAGACCAGUUACCGGAACACAAUCCAUUUAGUACUGCCACUACUCCACCUCAAAGGAUACCAACAAAAUCUGCACCAUUACCGCCGAAGCACGGAGAAAGAAAAAGGCCGGAAAUUUCGAAUCCAACUCCUAUCAGACCGAAUUUUCCCGCCCACAAUGGAGCAAAAAGGGCUGCACCUCCUCGACCAAGGGAUUUACCCCCAGCCUUGCCUAAAUCGUCUGAUAAAUCACCUUCUCCUGAUCCCGCUAGCAUCGGUAGUAUGUCAUCUUUGCAUGAAAUGAUAAAGGGAACAGAAAAUAGAGGUAGUCCACGUCAUUCGAUAGCUAGCAAUAACAGUUCCAAUUUGUCAACGCCCCCAUCUCCACAUGCAGAUCAUCACAACAGUUCUAGUUAUGACAGCUAAGAAUAUUGAAGUGUGUGAUCUGCCGUUAUUGCUUUUUCGACAAGAAGACUUCGUUUUACAUUUGCGAAUAACAUUUUUGAUAAGAGUCGUUGUUAAUAUUCGUAACUUGUUCAAAAACUAUUAUGUUCCUAAUUUUAAAUUAAUUAUUUUCUAAAUAUUUAUAGGAACGUGCAUUUACAUUUCAGUCAUUUUGCUAAUUCUAAACACUGUAUAUAAAUAAUUGAUAUAAGAAUAUCAUAUGGGUUAUUAUUUUUAUGCGUUGAAGUUGUCUGAAUUUUAUAUUACAAAGGCUUGAAUAUGAUCUUGAAAUCGAAUACAGCAUAAUACUAUUUUGUUCGGGCUGAUAUACAUCAAAUAGGCACUCAUGUGUGCCCUGUUUAUUUUGCACAGUUCUGCAUGUUCUACAUAAUUGAGCUAGAAUAAUUACCUGUAUUUUGUUUCAAGAUCUCCAUCGAUCGUGCCUUAUUUUGGAUAUACACUUCUUGUUUCAUCCUAUGAUCUCUAUUCGAUGCUGUUUUCAUUCAUCCAUCUUGUUAAGAUCCUCAUCCGAUCUCAUCUGAACAUGAAGCCUGUGCCUUUGCUAUUUACCGAUGCUUCAUUUUCUACAUAAUUGAGGUAGAAUCAUUACUGUGUAUUUUGUUUCAAGAUCUCCAUCCAUCCUAUUCGAUGCUCUUUUCAUUGUUCCAUCUUGUUAAGAUCCUCAUCCCAUCUCAUCUGAUCAUGGAUCUUUGCGCUUUUGAUAUGCACCAUUGUCAAUAUUUGUCUACUGUUUGAAGUGUUCAGAUUUGUCAAGCCAUGCAAUUGGUGAAGCAGAGUUUGGCGCGCUUGGACGUUGAAUCUACAUUACCGGCCAAUCAUAAAACUUAGCUAAGACCGGAAUCAUUUAUUAACUGUCGGUCAGUCAAUUCUUCUUCGUCUGCCAACUGUCAAUUCUUCUUCUUUUCCGUAGCUAAUGUCAAAAUGAAGCUACACUGACGCUGGGGAUAUGACACAAGCAUAACAGACAUAUUUUGAUGUUUAACGAUUUGAGACUGUCACACGUGCGGAAACCGUAACGAGCUGCAUACUGUAUUUACGACGAACAAGUGAUAAUUUUUAAAGUUGUUAUUGUACUUCCGGUAUCCGGUAGGAAUAUAUGUUGGUCUUAGAUGGUUCAACGAGUUACAUACUAUAUUUUAUCUACGACGAACAAGUAAUUUAUUUUUUAAAGUUGUUAUUGUACUU